AUGGCUCGUCCCUCCGUCACUCUCACAGCUCCACCACACUCGCCAUCGCGGUCGAGGUCUGUCUCACAACCCAUACCAGAAGACGGCUCAUUAGAUACGCUAUCUCCUCUUCCCCCCACCCGCGCUUCUGCAUACCGCUCUCAAUCAACGAACUCUGUUCCAAGAGUAAACACUUCUUCCGGAAACACCAAUUAUGGCCACUCAACAGCCCCUACAUACCGCAAACCACAAGGUCGGGCAAGGAGCAGUAGUCUAGUCACGGUGACCGAAGUUGGUGGCGACGACCCCGACAACGUGGUCGAUAGGCUCGGCGUGGGCAACAACGAAAAUGCAGAUUGGGUUAAUGCACCAGAUGUCAGUUGGACUAUCGUAAAUCUGGGUUAUAUGGCUGUCUCCUUCCUCAUGUUUCACCACUCUACCGGAGUCCCCUUCGAAUCCACCAUGACCUCUGCUGGAGCCUACGAUGAUCUGACGCUAUGGGAGCAAAUUGACUCUGGUGCUCAGUAUACUCCAUCUAAAAAAUGGUUGACUAGUCUGCACCGUCUUCGAUUUCACUUCGCCGUAUCCGAAAAUGAUAACAUCCCCACUCCGCUCACUUCUCGCCCGCCUUCCCCAUUCAUGGACAAACCUUCCAAAUUAUCGUCAUAA